UGUGAAAAUGGCGGGAAAGUUUACUGAACAUUCGAUCAACCUUCAAAUAUUUGACUAAAUGCUGUUUUUUUACGCUUAAGAAGAUGAAAAUUAGACGUUUAAAGUGAAAAAAAUGUACAUUGCUGAUGUUUCGUAUGAUUUAGAAGUUUGAUUUCUGUAAUGCGAUGGAGUUUGAAGAUUGUAGGAGCGAAGCAAGUAUUGGCUUGGAGAACAGCAUAUCAACAGUUUUAGGUGACGAUGAGCAACAGUGCAUUUCUUUACCGCAACGAAACUGCUCUUCACCAUCUGGAAAACGAAAAAGGAAACAAAGCUCACCUCCAUCUAGUCCCAGUGCCAUUGAAGGCUUUGGUGACAGUGAAGCUGGAGACAUCCUAAAGCAGUUCCCAGAGCUAGAAGAAAUCUUUACAGUUGUCAGGAAAGUAGGAGAGGGGACAUUUAGCAAUGUAUAUUUGGCUAGGGUCAAAAAAUUUCCUGAUGAAUUAUGUGCCCUAAAGCAUAUUAUUCCAACAAGUGGUCCAGAAAGAAUAGAAAAUGAGCUAAGAUGUUUACAAACAAUAGGAGGAAGAGAAAAUGUUGUAGGGAUUGAAACAGCCUAUAGAAAGAAUGAUCACAUAGUAUUUGUACUUCCUUAUGUUCCACAUCAGAAAUUUCAGGAUUAUUAUCUUGAACUAAGUGUUUGUGAAAUAAGACAGUACCUGAAAAACUUAUUUAUUGCCCUCAAGAGGGUGCAUUCGUUUGAUGUCAUACACCGAGACGUUAAGCCAAGUAAUUUCUUAUACUCCAGGCAAUCUAAACAAUAUUCCUUAGUUGACUUUGGUUUAGCAAUGCCAGUCCCUGGAAGUACAAAAUCACUAUUUGCUUCUUCUAAAGAAAAGAGCAUAACUCCAAAACAAACUUCGAGGCACCCACCACGUCGUAGCUCUCGCCUCUCACCUCAAAUAGAAAACAAUCAGGAUAAUCGAAAGCAUUUAACCACAUCUAGUAACAUUAAGCAUGUUCUUAAACCCAGUAUCACACAUUCUGGAAAUAUUCGAUUUGCUAGUCAUUCCAAGAACUUUAAAAUGCCAGUCAGCAAGAGCCACACAGGUUCAAGAAUACAGCUUGAAUCCAAACAAACAGCAAUUAUCAAGACUCACAAGAUGUGCUGUCCGGUUAAACAUUCUCAACUAGAAAUUUGUUCUGCAUGUAUGAGCAGAGGCCACCAGAAUGCACCGAGAGCUGGUACUCCGGGUUUUCGUUCACCUGAAGUUCUUUUAAAGUGUCCAAAGCAAACCACUGCUGUAGAUAUCUGGUCUGGUGGUAUUAUUAUGCUCUGUCUUCUCAGUGGCAGGUAUCCUUUCUUUAGAGCCCAUGAUGAUAUGACGGCUUUGGCUCAGAUUAUUAGUGUCAUUGGAAGCUCUGAAUGUAUCAAGAGUGCAAAUGAUAUAGGAAAAGACUUAAUUCUCAAUGCAAAGUUUCCUCAGGGAGACCUUAAAGCUGCUUGUCAACGUCUACGCUCAGGAUCAUGCAAGGGUYCUACUUCAGGAUGUAUUGCAUCGGAUCCUUCUGACGGGCAUGAUUCUGCAUCAAAAAGAGCAAGAAGGAAAAGCCCAACGUCCAAAAAAAAUCAGUCAAAAGACUCUAAACCGCACCAACGGUGUUCAUUCUGUAGAGAAGCUGCAAAUCCCGACUCUAUUGUACAUCAUUGUCCAAAUUCUAAAUGGAUAAAAGAAGGCAAAGAUCAUGAACACUUAGACGGCACCAAAUGUAGCAGUGAUUGUUGUAAAUGUUGUUGGACUAUUCCCAGUUCAGCUUACGAUCUACUACAAAGAUGUUUGGAUUUAAAUCCCCAGACAAGAAUAACAGCUUCCCAGGCGCUCCAACACCCGUUUUUCACAGAACAAAACUAGCUAAAAGAUCCAUAAAGUUAUAUGAAUUAUAUAUAGUUCAGAAAAUGAAAAAUGAAAGCGUGAAAAGAAUAACUAUAAUUGUAUAUAUUCUCGUAAAUUGUGAAUAAUAAUAAAUGUAUUUUCUUCUA